CCGUCUUACAUGCCAAUUCACGUUGCAUUACCUAUAUACAAACCUAUCCUUGGCUUCGGUACGGCUAUGAGUGACGAUCCUGGCGUCCUGUUUAUGGGCGCCAGGUCCAAGCAAAAUCAGCGUCAUAUGUCAGAAGAAUCUAAUGAAGGGGGGCAGUCGUCAUGGCACCACCACUUUCACCCUCCACGACCUGAAAUGGCAGGCUCGCGUCCUGCCCGCUUACCACCUAUAAGAGCACCUCGAGACGGUUUUGACUAUCGACGACCCGCUGAAGUCAGAGCUCAGGAGGACGAUGUUAUUGAUCUCACAAACGAGCCAGAGACUCCUCCUCAACGCACCCACACUCACAACGAGAACCGCCCCCCACACUCCUCCUCAUCACGACUCCCACGUUUUGGAAGGAACAUCAUGGCCGAGGCAGAUAUUGUCGAUCUGGAAGAUGAGCCCGACGACGCUGGAGAAGGGCCUUCCAGUAGCCCAGAGGUCCAGUUCCUCCGGGCCACCGUGCGCCACCCACAACCUCCACCACGAAGAUGGGAAGGUGUCAGCUUGUUCCAGACCAACUUCCCAUUAACUCGGAGCCGAGCGCCAGAGGAGGUCACUCCGUGGGCUCGUCCAAGGCUCCCAAGGCCUCACAAUAUUACAGUCAGCCAUUUGGACACUCUUUUCCUCGGCGCAAGAGACUCGAUCCCCAACAUGAGCUCGGCCGAGGUUUACCUCGACUACACCACGUCCUCCUUCCCUAUGGAGACAGCCCCAACGCGGUAUGAAGAUAGACGCCGACGUGAUACCUACAAACCACCCAGCCCAGCUCCAGAAGGCUUUUCGCGCACCUUGGGUGAAGACGACGUCGCGGUUUGCCCCAACUGUGACUGGGAGCUAGGAACCGGGGAAGGAAAGAAGCAGGAGAUUUGGCUUGCGAAGCAGUGUGGCCAUGUAUACUGUGGUGAAUGCGCAGAGAACCGGUCCCUUUCCAAGGCCAGAAAGGCCCAGACACCUCCAAAGACCAAGCCUUUCUCCAAGUGCCAGGUCGAGGGCUGCGGCAAGCUCGUCAGUGCACCCACAGCGAUGCUCCAUCUCUACCUGUGAUGCCUCCUCUGACGUCCCAAUUUUCUCAUUUGCAUGACGAGUGGUGUUCUCCGGUUUCCUGCUUCAUUUCUCUUCCCUUUUCUUGUCGAUACCCAACUUACAUGGAAAUACGGGGCGUUAUCUUACUCUAUCCUCCGGUUUUACCGGCCAUUUCUUUUCUGAAUGUUACAUUCUUUUUUGAA